AUGGUCGUGACAGAUCCCUCCUCAUACGGCUCGGAGAAGCCAGCUACGUCUGGUGGCAGUAGCAGGGCGUCUUCUACAUUGGACAAGAGCCGAGCAGACGAUACAUUUGCGCUAGGGAAGAAGGGCAUCUUGGUUUUCUUUACUCUGUCUGUUCUCACCCUGAUGGCCGCUCUCGACGGAACCUCCUUAUCGGUUGCCCUGCCAAUAAUGGCCCAAGACCUGAAAGGAACAGCUAUUGAAGCAUUCUGGAGCGGCACUUCCUUCCUCCUAUGCUCAACAGUAUUCCAACCAAGCUUUGCCUCCUUCUCCAACAUCUUUGGCCGCCGCCCAAUGAUCCUGAUCGCCCUUCUCUUCUUCUGUGUCGGGGCCAUCAUUGCGGCCAUCGCCAAGAACUUCACCUACAUGCUCGUGGGGCGGUCCAUCCAAGGUGUCGGCGGUGGAGGAAUUAUUGCUUUGAGCGAGGUGGUCAUCACUGACCUAGUUCCUUUACGGUACCGGGGCCAGUACUUUGGCAUUUUGAGCGCCAUGUGGAGUAUCGGAUCGGUGACAGGGCCGAUCCUGGGCGGAGGGUUCGCAGAGAAUGUCUACUACCAGCGCUGGGUCUUCUAUAUCAACUUUCCUUUCAUUGGGAUCGGGGUUGUGUUCGUGGUCCUCUUCCUGAACCUCAAUAUCAUCUCCAGCUCGUUGGCAGACAAGCUUCGUCGCAUCGACUACGUGGGGACGGUAAUUUUUGUCGGGAGUCUGUCGUCUUUCUUGAUCCCGCUUACUUGGGGCGGCAUCUCGUAUGACUGGGACUCGUGGCAUACAUUGGCCCCGCUGAUUAUCGGCGCGGUUGGGCUGCUCGUGUUCGCAUACUACGAAGUUCGCUUCGCCUCUGACCCGAUCAUCCCGCCUGUGAUAUUCCAGAACCGUACGGCGACAGUCUCCUUCAUCGGGAGUGUGCUGCAGGGCCUGAUUCUGUGGUGUGCUCUCUACUACCUGCCGCUGUACUACGAGGCCGUCAAGGGGUAUAGCCCCAUUCUCUCGGGCGUGGCUCUCUUUCCCGAGACCUUCACCGUCGCGCCGAGCGGCAUGGUAAUCGGCAUUCUGAUCACGGUCACAGGCCACUAUCGCUGGGCCAUCUGGCUUGGGUGGGCUCUCUCGACCGUGGGACUGGGCCUGAUGUGUCUGAUCAAGGCAAACACCAGCGUCGCCGGCUGGAUUCUUUUGAAUAUCGUCCCGGGUCUGGGACUGGGCAUUCUCUUCCCGUCGCUGGGCUACGCCGUCCAGGCAUCGGCGACGCCAGAGAACCUCGCCAUUGCCGUGGCGAUGUUCAGCUUCUUUCGGGCGCUGGGCCAGGCGAUUGGCGUGGCUGUUGGCGGCGUUGUCUUCCAGAACCGCAUGUAUAGCAACCUGCUCAAAUACCCUGCCCUCGCGCCCAUGGCCGAUGCCUACAGUCAGGAUGCUGCUGGGCUGGUGCAGGUGAUUAAGGCUAUGGCGGAUGGCGCGACCAAGACUCAUCUCAGGGAAGCGUACACGGACAGUCUACGGAUUGUGUGGGUCGUCUGCUGUGCUGUGUCGGGUGUGGCCCUGCUGUUCAGUCUUUGGACCGAGACCUACGACCUCGACCAAGUGUUGGAGACUUCUCAGGGCCUUCGCGGUGAAGACGGUUCAACCGAGAAGGAUCACGAGGCAAAGGCAGAAAUGGCGAUCCGGGAGCCAAAGCCAUUGGCAUGGUAA